GGAGGUAACGUUACCUUGUCAACUAGCGUCAACUGAAACUGCUGUGGCCAUUACCUGCCCUAACAGCUUGGAAAUACAAUCCUCACAGGACCUUUCUACGACUCAAGUACUAGCUGGAUAACUAACAGCAAUGUCGCUGUCGACUGAGGUGAGCCAAAGCAUCAGAAUUAAAGGAGACACUAUCUGUGUGGUGCCCGACCUCUCCUCUUACCUCCUGGAAGAUGACUUUGACCUGAAUAAGUCCUACCCAUACACUCAGAAACCGCUGUACAAGAAGAGCCUGUUGGCAUUGCAACGUCGUUAUUGUUCUGGUUCCUUGACAGGUGAACGUUUGGAUGUUUGCAGUUCUGUGGCAACAAGAAACCACCAAAUAUCUAGCUUACAUCCUGGCUCACAAGUUUCUGCUGUCUGCCUGCCACACCCAUCCACUGUGUCAGAGACAGAGGAAAACCUGUUCUGUCAGCUAAUCUCUGGAAGAUUUGGCCUGUCAGGAUCUUCAUCUGUCCUCAACCCAAACAAAGUCAUUCUUACUGUUCACCAUAAAACCAGAAAGAUUUUGUCAGCAAAUGAACAGGCCUGCAAACUGUUUGAGUGCACUACUAAUGAGCUGAUUGGAAAAAAGCUGUCCUGUCUCCUAAAGAAAACCAGUCAGGUCCUGGAACAAGCAUUGGAAGAAGAUUUUCCAUUAGUUGAUGGAACUGUUGCAGCUGUGUCUGGAAAAGUGGUGGAUGUUGUGACUCUGUCUGGAGAGGUGCCAGUGUCCGUGUGCACCCUCAGACUGUCACAAAAUGAGGAGGACUGGCUUGUCAUGAUGGAAAAUGUUGAACGGUUAUCAGCCUGUCUCUCCUUUUCACAAGAUGGCAGCAUCCUAUCUUGCGACUUGGCAUUUGCCCAUCUCCAUGGGUACCACCAUCCUGAUGAGUUAAAAGGGGUGUCAGUUAAGGAGCUAAUCCCCUCUUUACAAAUCCCCCUCAACAGUCAUGCAUUGCCCAAAAUGCUGAGAGUUCAGAGAGAGUAUGGUAAAAGCAGAGAGGGUGCAACAGUCCCACUGUGUGUCAAACUUCAGGGGGCAGUACUAUGUGGAAAACCCCAACACCAAAAUAAUGGUAGUGGUUUCACCAACCCAGCAGAUAGUCAAGAAAGAUCAGAUGCACAUGAUAAGCAGCCUUGCUCCCCUCUCACUUACCCUCUGUGCAAGACAGAAGCCUCACACUCUGAAAAGUGUGAGCAGUCCUCUGAAGUCAAAGUGGACAGCAGUGUCAUCUCCCCAAGCCCUGCACUGGAGUACUCUGGAACAGUUUGGGUGUUUGCUCCUCUAAGUGGUCUCCUCCUGCUCCGCCCUGAUGGCUCCAUCUCCAGCAUCCACAACCACCUGGCCCUCAGUCUGUUUGGCUACAGCAAGGACGAGCUCUUAGGAAAGAGUGUCACUUUCCUGAUGCCUUGUUUCUAUGGAUGGAUGUCCGACUCAGACAGAGGGGCCUGUCCAUUCCCUGAUUCUCAGGUAGAGGCUGGUAAAUGUACAGCCUCAUCUAAAAUAUCAGGAAAAUCUGCUCCAUCCUCACUGGUGGCUGGAGAUAUGGCCACGGUGCACCGGGCGGUCAUGGGAAGAACCUCGAUAGGGAGAGGUAGGAUCUUCACUGGAACCAGCACCAAGCUGGAGAAACAGGGCAGCGCUCUGUCAACGCUUUCCCCUCCUGCAGUCACCUCUACACGAAUGGUUAUAGCCGAUGACACUACAGAGCUGAUGGAGGAGGCAGCCCAGGUUGCUCCCUGCAGUAGCCAGCUAGACAGUGCAGAUACCACUGAGGCACUCCUCAAGACAUUUGCCUGGGUGGAACCUCCAGAGGAAGGCACCUUCUCUUGCCGUGUUCUCCCAGGACCACCACACCAUUACCUAGAAAAGCAGCUCCACGGUGGGGUUCAGGAAAAUAAUCACCCUGCCAUUGAGAUUAUCCCAGACACUCCCGCUCAGAAAGGACAUGCUGUUGGCAGAGUGGGUGGUGCCUCCCCUGGCAGAAGUAAAGACCAAGGAUCAUGUGCCUCUGUCCUCCAAGACUCCAGUUUUGAGGUCAUCUCACUGGAGAGCAGGUCUUCCUCUGGCUUCUGUGAAAAGUUUGCCGGUCAUGGUGGUUCUGACCCAGGCCAAGCAGAGGACUCUUGUUCAGCACAGAUAGUGGACUCGGCAAGCUGCUUCCUAGACCUCAACAGCAAUGGUGAUCUGGUGACCCAGGCCCUGGCUGACCUCGAUCUGAGCGGUAGUGUAGAGCUGCUCAGUGGCGGAGGGUACAACGAUGACAACCAACACUCCAUGAUAUCCUGUGAUACAGCUGAGCUCCUGCGGACACCUUCACCAUGUGGGGUAGAGUCUGACCAGGAACCAGAUCCUGUUCAGAAUGGAGAUGCUGCUGUGGAGGCCAGAAUUGGCUCAAGUGAGGAACAAGGAAAGGAUCCAGGCGAGCAGGAUCACUGGACAGCUCUCUCUUCAAUUCAUAAAGGAAAGAGCGAGGAGUUCUGUGUGCAAAUGAAUGGUGGGAUUCAGUCAGUGACAGACAUUCCUGCUACAUCUACGCCGAAGAAACAGAAGGUUAAUGGACAUGGCCUUUCCUCAGAUGCUACUGAGAUACUGGAGGGGCGAUUUGAAGGAAGUGCAUACCACAGAGACGGCACGAGAGUAGAUGUUCAGUGUGAUGUGUGCAGGACUGACCUCCCUGGUGGAAGCUCUAUGUUCUGUGUGUGGAUGAGUAGGCCUGGGCAGCAGGGAACAAUGUUGCAAACAGAUCGAUCACUGCACAACCAAUCAGGAGUCAGUCUAGGAGAGAGGAUUGGUGAGGCCAGUCAUGGAGAGGCAUUACGCUCCACCAUGGACCUUGAGCAGUCUCGAGCCUGUGACGGGCAGUUUGAAGAAGAGUACCAGCCACUUAAAGCUGUGGGUAAAGGAGCCUUUGGUUUUGUCUGGAAGGCAGUAAGGCGCUGUGAUGGACAAGAUGUGAUAGUGAAGUUCAUUAGUAAGGCCAGGAUCGUGAGUGAUUGCUGGGUAGAUGAUCCCAUGUUGGGACGAGUCAGCCAGGAGAUUGCCAUACUGACACGAGUACAGCACCACAACAUUGUCAAGGUUCUGGAGGUAUUUGAGAAUGGGAGUUACUUCCAGAUGGUGAUGGAGAAACAUGGAGAUGGUUUAGACCUUUUUGAAUUCAUUGACAUGCAGCCGAGGCUGGAUGAGCCUCUGGCCAGCUACAUCUUUAGACAGCUGGUGGCCGCUGUCUUUUAUCUGAGGACUAAGAACAUCCUUCACAGGGACAUAAAAGAUGAGAACAUCAUCAUCGACAAGUGUUUCCACAUUCGACUGAUAGACUUCGGCUCUGCUGCCAUGAUGGCUCCAGGGAAGCUCUUCUACAAUUUCUGUGGCACACUGGAGUACUGCUCCCCAGAGGUGCUUCAGGGAAAUCCCUAUGAGGGUCCAGAGCUGGAGAUGUGGUCUCUGGGGGUUUUGCUCUACACUCUGCUAUUCAGUGAGAACCCCUUCUGUGAUGUGGGUGAGAUCCUGGGUGCCAAACUCAAGCCCCCGUCCCCCCUCUCUCCAGAGCUCAGUGGUGUGUUACAUGGGCUGCUACACCAUGAUCCUGCUCAGAGAAUGACUCUGGACCAACUGCUGCUGCAGUCCUGGAUCAGCCAGCCAAUUUCCCUGGCAGAGUACAGCUGGGCAGAGGUGGUUCCUUCAACUCAGAGCUAUUGCUCACCACAGCUCCAAGAGGCCAGUCCUAAAGUUUACAAUAGGCAAGGCUUAUUCCCAGAUCAUGGUGAUGAGACUCUGCCUAGUGAUGAGGAGGAGGAGGAAGAUGAGGAUGAGAGGUUGUCAAUGGUGGCCCUGGAGACUGAGCUCCAGAAGUACCUCCAUGAGGACUAAAGACUGAAUUAAAGGGAAUGAUGAAAACAUUUUAUCUGCAACAGUGCAAAGAGGACAUGAAAUGCAAAAUAAGAAAAGGGAUAUUUGUUUUAGUCCAAGGCCAUUAUCAUAACAGACAAAUGUACCUUUUGCUUUAUGAAGUAUACACAGUUUGCUACCAAGUGUAAUGAGCAUCAUUGCCAAGCUGUUGGGUACUCGUGGAAAUAGAGUAUUUGUGAUAUCAGAGUGCUACCCAAGAAUGCAAAAACAUCAUCAUGAAGAUACUAGCAGUUUUCCUUUUUAUUUAAUCUAUUUUAUUUAUUCUUUACAUUUAGGAAAUAUUUGAACGAUCAAAAUCAUAGUAAUCAUUUAUAGGGAUCCAGCGUUGCCACCAAAAUCCACAGGUGACCACAGCCAUGAGUUGUUUACCUCAGA